UCCUCCAGGACCUGAAGUAGGAGGCGAUGACGCGGGAAAACGAGGGGAGAUAACGCAUUUGAUGAGGCGUAAGAGUUAUUCCAGGCGUGGAGAGAGAGAAGAGAGAGAGAGAGAGUGUGUAGGGGAGUAAAGAGGAGAGAGAGAGAGGGAGGCUCAUCAUCCUCCUCCGCCUCUUCUAAAAGCUGAGAAACGCUGAAGACAGUGAAGUUUAGCUCCAAUCUUCUAUCAGACAUGAACCACAGUUCUGAGGACGCAGCGCUGCCGCACGUGAGGAUACAGGAUACGAGGCUCUGCUGUUUUAAUAAGGAGGAAAAAUGUCUAACUUAGAAAACACACUUUAGAGAGAGAGAGAGAGAGAGAGAGAGGUGUGUGUGUGUGUGUGUGUGUGAGGGAGAGAGAGAGAGAGAGAGAGAGAGACAGGGGGUGAGGAGGAAGAUCUGCUAAGUAAGCAAGUUUGUUUAAAAGCUGAAAGAGAGCAGAGCGUCUCGGGGAUUCCUCGCCUCAGGGCUUUAUCUCUAGUUAGUUAUUUGUGUAAACUUUGGUGCUGUUGGUGUUUCUGUUCUGAGGACAAGGAUGUUCUUGUGGUUCUACACGGCGACGAUUACGGCGGUCAUCGUCCUCAUGAGCGCGGGCUGGUGUGAGAGGUUGCCUCCUCACUUGGUGAGGUCCAGCCCAGUCCUGCUGGAGAAGAGCUACGGGAAGCACUCCCGACAUAACCAGUGUCAUUUCAUGCUCAAACAUCUUCAGGAUGGAGAUCAGAUCAGUGUGCACAUGCCUCCUGAUAUCGCAGGUCACUGGGUGUCCGACAGCUGUGAGGUCAGAUCUGGACCAGAAUUCCUCACCCGAUCCUACCACUUCUACUCCAACCACACCUUCCAGGCCCUUCAGUUCUACUACCGGGACAACCACUGCACCGAGCCCAUCUACAGUCUGCUCGUCCAGGGCAGCGUACACCCACGCCAGGCCUCGUGGGUCGUCCGUGGAGGCACAGAGGCAGACUAUCAGCUGAGCCGCGUCCAUCUGAUCAGUCACAACCCUGCGGUGGCCAAGGAGCUCCAGGAGAAGCUGGAGCAGAGCUGCGAUUUGCAGAAGCACAUGGAACCUGGGCUGAGCUACGAACUGUUGGCCGAUGACUUUGAGCACUCAGGUCGUGACUGCAGCCGCGGCUUAGACUUCAGCAUGCAGGAGCUGCGGCUGCUGCGCAUGGAGAAGCGCCAUCGCCAUGGCGACCCCACCUUGGAAGCAGAGGAGUUGUUCUUGGGGGACGUGCACACGGAGCGUGCUCAGAGGAGACUCCACAGGCCCUCCGGCUACCAGCCCCCCCUGCAGAGCGUCAAGACCUAUGAUGACAGCUGUGUGACGUGUCAAAUCAUCUCUGCCGCAGACCUUCACAAUCCACCUGUCCUGCCGUCUCAGAAUGACCGCCCACUGCGUCUCUAUGGGAACUGGGUUAGCAGGCGUUGUGAGGUCCGGCCCGGGGUCCUCUUCCUUACCCGUCAUUUUGCUUUCCACGAGGACGGCAACGUCUGGGAGGGUCACUACUACCACUUCUCCGACCCCGUCUGCAGACGCCCCACUUUUAGCAUCUCUGCCAGAGGACACUUCAGUCAAGGGGUCCCCUCCACUACAGUCAUGGGAGGCACUGAAUUUACCUUCACAGUGACCCAUAUGAAGGUCACUCCAAUGGACAUGGCCACUACCUCCCUCUUGAAUGUCUUCAGCGGGAACGAAUGUGGAAAGCAGGGUUCCUGGAGGCUGGGGGUUCAGCAAGACGUGACUUUCACCUCAGGCUGUGCCGCCCUGGGCAUCCGUUUACCGCACACUGAGUAUGAGCUUUUCCGCAUGGGACGAGAUUCAGCCGGACACAGCCUGCUAUUCAACGGCCAGAGACCCACCAAUGGCUCAAGCCCAAACCAGCCACACAAGCGGGCCACGUCCUACCAGCCCCCGCUUAUACGCUGCAUGUCCAGCCAGAAGGGGGCUACAAGCUUUGGAAAAGAGGGAGACCAACACUUCAGACUAGGAAAUGGAUGCAAGACACUACAUGAGAACCUAAUGUACAGCAUUCUUUUGGUCAUACUUGUCUUCUGGGUCGAUUAGAAAGGAAUUUGUUUUUAUCUUGUUUGUUGUGCCAUAUGUGUUGUAUCUCAAGAUGCUGAUCAGGUUCACAUCCAUCCUCCUGCUCACAAAGAGGUGAUCCUAGAUACAGGUCUAGAACUUUGGCUUUUGGCUAAGCGCUCACAGGACUAACUAUUGAUUGUGAUUAUUGAUUGGCAAGAUUGAUAAGAGACUGUGGGACUACUUCUGCAACAUGGGACAAUAUGUAAAUAUUUUUGUUUUUGAAGGAAGAAAUCAGAUUCUUGGCUUUACCUGAAGAAGUUCAGCUUUUGGGGGACUUUAAGAUGGCUGUACAUAAAUGCAAAGCGACCAUGGACAAGAAAGCACAAUCCUAAGUAUCUUCACUGAUAAAAUUCUCCAGUGGAAAGUGUGCAUGUUGAUUACACAAACAAAACGUGAUCACAUACCCUCCCUCUUACAGUACUAUUGCAGCUACUCUUUAAAAUGUAGUCCUACAUCAACUGAAAAAUGACUUGCAUUGCUCCCCUUGUUCUUUACCUUUGGCAAAGAACACACACACACUGCAAAGUGUGGAUUAUUUAUUAUUUAUGCGUAGAGGAAAAGAUUUGUCCAGACAUUCAUUUGUAGUGUGUCAUCCACUGCAUGCAUUUUCAUGAAGGAGAUGAAGUGUGCAAUAUCUUGAAAAUGUACAGAGAUGCCAAACCAACACUGAAAUGAGAAUGUUAAAGAUUUUAUUUCAUUUUCAUUUUUCUUAUCCUCAACGUUAAAUACCAUAGGACAGGACUGUAAGAGUGGUGAUCUUUAUUCAGUCGACAGUUGCCUCACAAAUGAGUAUAUAAUUUGCAUAAAGAAAAAUCUAGUAAGACUUGACAUAACCGUAAGAUGUGUGCGUGUGUGCGUUUGUGUCAGGUGACUGGGAGAAAAUAAUGUACAUGGAAGGAGGCACAUUUUUCCCA